AGGUGUUGGCGAACGAGGAACGAGUUUUACAUUAAUAAUGACAUUAUAUUUUAUUGUUUUAAAGCGAAAAUUUAGAAUAAUGUUUAAGUACAUUAGAAUAUAAUGUUAGUUGUAAUUUCCGUUGUAGUGGAAGUGUUAAUAUCUGAGGUAACAGUAAAGUUUGUAUGUAGCGUAUAUGAGGAAGUGUGCAGGUAAGCUAGCUAGCAGGUGUUCAGCUGUGUGAACAGCAACCGGAGAUUCAGAAUUCAUUGACAACCCAGCUAUGCUUUCUGUCUGUUAAGCCUUCGGUUAAACCACUUUUACUAUUAAUGAUAAGUUUUACUUUAUUUAAAGCAACGGAGUUAAAGCUUUAAAUUAAAUAAGGUAGCAAUAAAAUAGAGUAGAAUGGAUUCAGAAGCUUCUGUUAUGAUCCACUGUGCUCGGGGUCUUCAAGAACACCAAGUACAAGUAGAGAUAUCGACCAGGUUCAACCGCCGAAAUGUUCUUGAGAUCGAUAAGCACAUUGAGGCUGUGUGGAAUGACAGAGUGACCAAAGAGCCAUGGCUGUUUAACGGGGCCAAAUUCCGAUUUCAUUCAGCACACCUCUUAACCACAGUCCAUGAUACCUCCUCAAACUGCUCAGAUGAGCCAACUAAUAGCAUUCAAAACUGCUCCAAAAAGCUUGAAAACCACCUGCUUCAGAAAUCCAUUACUGCAGAUCAUGGUGAGGGGGAUCGCACCUUUGUGCCUAAAAACCAAAUCUCAAGAGACACCAAAGGCAACUGUUGUAGAGAAACGACAAAAGAAGCCCAGCAUGAUGCAAACUCAUCCUCAGUGAUAAACACCCCAAAGCAGGACCAAGCCAUCCUGAGAUUACAGCUGGGUCUGACCUGUUACAAAGAUUUUCUAGGUACUAACUGGUCACGUGAAGCUGUUAACCUGCAGCAGCGUGGUAAGCAGGAGUUAGGAGACUCUCAGGCGCUGCUGGCUCAGCCACUCGGAGUUGGCGCUGUGUUGCUUACCUCAGAUGGGCAGGUGGUGAUGCUGCGCCGCAGUCAGAAGGUUGCCGAAGCAGCAGAGCUUUUGGACAUACCAGGUGGUCAUCCUGAGCCCAAGGCUGUAUGUCAGGGAGUGAGCGAGGAGACCAUCAGUGUUGAGCUCAUGCAGGGCAGUGAGAGAGCCGUGGUUAAGGAGAUCUUCUCCUCGGUGUGUGCCGAGAUCAGAGAUGAGGUGAACGUUCCGCUCACCUUCCUCAGCCCACCUGUUCUGAUGGGAAUAGCACUCAAUCACCUCAGCGCAGGACGACCCAGUGCAGAGUUCUUCAUCAGGUGUUCUCUGACGAUGGAGGAGAUAAAAGAUUUUUAUUGGCGUGGAGGCCCAGAAGCUAAUGAAUCUACGGACAUAGUGUUCCUGAGUAGAACGGAAAUGCUGAAGCUGAAUGAGAACUCACCCAUGUGGGCAGAACUGUGUCCUUCAGCCAAAGGAGCUGUGCUACUGUAUCAACUAGUGAAGCCUGAUCACUCCUAAUGCAGAACUACUCCAAAGGCAGGGAAGGCCAGCAAGUGGACGAUUAGAAUCUUUAGAUUUGUACUUCUUGCCUUGGCCAGCGUUACAAAUGUUUACAGUUUUUACAUAUUAAAAGGGUUACAGUAUACAUUUUUUGCUAAGGUCAGUAUGAAAGUAAAUUUAUAUUUUUAAAAUGGUAUUAAAUCCACAUAUUGUAUUUAGUUUAACAAUGUCACCUUGACACAUGCACCUUAAUAAAAAUCCAUUU